CUCAAUAAAUUAACCAAACAACCAAAACGGCUACAUUAAUGUUCCCCUUCUCUUCUCUUCGCCCUCUAAAAGCCUCAGCAGCCAGUUUCAGCGUUUCACUUCAUCGUCCUCCUUUUCCCACCAAAAUGCACACACCCUUCAUUCUCUCCCUCCUCAUCUUCUCUCUCGCCUCCCUCUCCACAGCCCAAAACAGCGUCGUAACGACGGAGCUGUGGUGCGUGGCCAAGAACAACGCCGAGGACGCUGCUCUCCAGUCCGCCCUCGACUGGGCCUGCGGGGCCGGCGGCGCCAACUGCAGCCCUACCCAGCAGGGUGGGCCGUGCUACGACGCUGCCGACAUCCAGAACACCGCCUCCUAUGCCUUCAACGACUACUUCCUCAAGAACGGCAUGACCGACGACAGCUGCAACUUCGAUAACACUGCCGCUGUUACCUCUUUGAAUCCCAGUUUUGGUAAUUGCAAGAUGCCAUCCAGCUUGUCAGGGAGCAGUAGAAGUUCGAGUUCAUCAUCAGCAUCAUAUGGGUUGGGGCCUAGUCAAGAUCUGAAUGGGAGCAACAAAGUUUCUCACAAAUUGGUUUUGCUGCCCUUAUUUACCAGUCUUCUGCUCAUUGCCUCCCAUAAUACAUUGGUAAUCUCUUUACCUUGAGCUGAGCUUUUGCUGAACGACACUGAGACCCUUAUGAUUUUUGGGGUCACAUUAGUAUAUCUAGGUUUUAGAGUUAGGAUCUCUAAAAUCGUGCAAUAGAUCGAUUACUUGGCUUCUGUUUAUCUGUUUGAGCUUUGUAAUUUUGAUGGUCACAAAUCAAGUAGUGAAUAUUUUGUCUUGCAGUAACUAGCAAUCGGUAUUGAAGAA